UUAGAGUGCCACACUCUUCUUGAAGCACCGUUCUCUCUGUUUUACUUCUCCAAAUAACUGAGCCAGGGAAGGCAGAGAGAGUCACCUCUCUCCCAUGGCAGGUUCCAAGCUCCAAGCUAUCUGGAACCACCCGGCUGGCCCCAAAACCAUUCAUUUUUGGGCUCCAACUUCUAAAAGGAUCAUCAGCAUUGCAAACUUUGCUGACUUCUCAAAGCCACCUGUAAAGAUUUCUUAUCCUCAGCAAAUGGCGGUUACAUGCACAGGGCUUAUUUGGUCACGCUACAGCAUGGUGAUUAUUCCGAAGAACUGGAAUCUUUUCAGUGUUAAUGUGGCAAUGGCUGGGACCGGCUUGUAUCAGCUAACACGCAAAAUUAAGAAAGUUGGGGUUCACCCCAAAAAUUUCUCUGGCACGAUUACUUUCCUGAGAGGGAAGCAGCUGUUGCAAGAGAAUGAUGACAAAAAGCUUUCAGGACCUACAUGAAAAUGAUCUAGUGUCAGCAUUUGUAUAUUUGUACAUCCUUUUCAUGUCAUAUUCUCGAGGGAGCAUUUGUUUUGUUGUAGUUCUGGUCAUUCUCAGCCGUUUGUUGUAGUUUGUAGCGUUUCAGUUGGGCGACCAUAACAGAAAAUAGUCAAUGAUUGGAUGUUGAAGAUGCCCUGUGCUAUGUAUAGAGUUCCAAACU